CCACAAGCUACAUGAAGAGCUGUGUGUCUCCCUGCAUUCAACUCGGCAUUCGGUUGAUGCGGUGGAUGUGUAUCGUGCUGCAAACAUAGGCCGAUGAGCUCGCAAGCAGCAUCAGAGGAGAUGUCUGCCCUCCCAGGCCGCAUCAUCCACUUCGGCAACUUCAACGUAACAUCCCAAGUCUUUCACAUAACCAAACACUCCUUCGCCCUCGUCAAUCUCAAGCCACUUCUCCCCGGCCAUAUCCUCGUCUCACCUCUAGCCGUGAAACCGCACCUCUCCGACCUCACAAAGGACGAGAUCUCCGACCUCUUCCUCACUGUCACCCGCAUUCAGCGGACGCUCAAACGUCUCUACAAAGCCGAUGCCUUCAACAUCGCUGUCCAAGACGGAAAAGCGGCGGGCCAAAGUGUGCCGCAUGUGCAUUGUCAUGUGAUUCCGAGGACCGACGGGGAUCCCGGAGGUGAUGACAAGGUGCACCAGUGGUUGGAGGGUGAGGAAGGGGAUGUGGGGCGGCAUCAGCGUGAGGCUGGUACGGGUGCUCAAGAUGGAGGGAGUGGUAAGCAAGAUGGGGAGAGGCAAGCGGGGCAGUGGGCUAAGGAUGAGGAGAGGAAGCCAAGGGGCAAGGAGGAGAUGGAGCGGGAGGCGAGGUGGUUGAGGGAGGAGAUAGAAAAGGAUGAACAACACGAUGCUAACGAGAAGUUGUAGCUGUGAGCGACCUAUACCCUCAGGGCUCUGUUGAGGCCAUUUCCGACAAGUGGUUGGACUGAAAUAAACGAGCUCGUAGGUAUGUUCGGAGACUGAAGACCUAGCGAAAACACACCGUCUUUACUAUCGAAAACCAAGCAUUCAAAAAGGUACGAAUGCCAGAGCAUGUCGUUGGGCAACUUGCAAAACCGAGCCCUUCUCCGCACUCCCUACCCAGCAUGCCGUACGAUGACCACCACCCAACCACCACUGGAAAUGUAAUCCAAGCAGUAAAGCCAAAGUUACUCAACGCCAAGCAAUCGCCAU